AUGGACGCCAUGCACUAUCCCCAGGACCACUACAAUAGCAACUAUGGCUAUGGUCCAUCUAGUUCCUACUCUGACCCAGCCUCAAGAGCCUACUCAACAGUCCCAACCGCCGGUGCACCCAUCAAAUACACCCCCAUCACUGGGAGAGUGAGUCGGGCAAAGAAGGGGUAUCCCGUUCAUCUUGCUAACAAUGGGAUCCUUUCCCCCAACUGUAGGCGACACCAGUUGAGCCAUAACCCCCCCGAACUGGUUUGCAGCGUACCAGGUUGCGGAAAGACCUUUCACCGAAAGGACCUUCUUGAACGCCACCAACACAGACAUGAACAGGAUAGAGGGAUGUCCAUGAGCGGUGGUGAGCAGCCCGGUUCGAACUACAGUCCGCCUAUGCGAGGGCCACCAUCAACUCUACCUCAUGUAGCGCCGGGAGGCUAUAGCUCAAACAUGCCGAUCAACUCAACGGCCUGGGGUCCAGAUGUUGACUCGACCGAUAUGCAGCAUCCAACCCCUCCAGGGUACAUUACCGACAACAUGAAUCACCAGUACGGCUAUGGACCAAAUGCUGGAUGGCCCGAGGGCCCAGGGAUGGACAGCGUGCCGCCCCCAAUGCAUUUCCCCUCCGGGCCCGGGACUUGGAACACCGACCAUGCCCCGAGAACGAACAUGUUGUACAACUAUUCCACCGCGCCGGGAACUGCGUGCGAGUAUCCUGUGGAUCUGUGCGGGAUGCCCCUGGCCGCAGACCCUGGAAGCUUCGACGCGCAUCACCACGCAAAUUCCACUGUGCGUAGUCUACCCCCGUUGCUGGUUGAGGGACAAUCACCUGAGACUCUAGAAAUAGCGCUCGCGGCGCUCUCGCCAUGCGCAGUAGCGACCACCCCUCUCUUCUCGACGUGCGGCAGCGAGUCGGGGCAGAUGGCGGGGCUGCUCGCCGCCCACGUCUUCGCGCCCGUCUCGCUCAGCCGCGAGGUCCAGAGCGCCAUCCCGGCGUAUCUGGAGGUGUACUGGGACCGGACGUAUCCCGUCUACCCGUACAUCCACAAGGCCUCGUUCGACGGCCUGUUCGACGGCGAGGCCACGCCGUUUGAGCUUUUGAAAUGCGCCAUGGCGGCGCUGGCGACGCAAUUUCUUGACGACAGGGCACAUCGGAUUGCUGGGAGUGAGCUGCAUGCUUUUGCAUGCCAGGAAUUGAAGACUUUUACGGAUGGAAAACAUUGGUCAUUACCUAUUAUGCAGGCUGUGGUUUGUUGCGAAUACUAUGCACGGUUCAGGGGGCGGGACAAGCAGUCUUAUAAGCCGUCCUCGAACUACCGCAAAGUACCAGGUUCUGUAAAACCCCCGGCAGAUGGCCUCCAUGCUAAAACUCCCAAAUCACAGCUUGUGGAAAAACACCACGCCUUUAGUCUGCCGCUCCCGGUGCUCGGGAACAAACUACUAUCAUGGAAGGACUGGGUUGAGACGGAAACCCGACGACGAUUACUCGCCACCUGCUUCAUGCUCGACGUGCACACGUCCGCCUACUUCAAAGAGCCGCCGAUAUUAGCCCUGGGACCCGAUCACCCCUCGCUGCCGAUGAACCAGGUGCCCUUCUCGACCAACACCAACCGGCUGUGGGAGUGCCCGGACUGGGAGUCGUGGAGCAGGCUGGUGGCCUCGGACCCGAGCCUGGGCGUCCCCCUCGGGCGCAGCCUGGCGGACGAGUUCACGCCGCAGGACGUGGCAUCCAUGUCCGGCUUCGACGCCACCAUCCUCAUGACAGGGUACGCGUCGCAGCUGUCGGGCACGGGCGAGACGGACGCGGGCGAGGCCUUCUCGUCCCCGGCCUCCCGCCUCGCCAAGCUGUUCCCCGCGUCCGGGGUCGCCCAGGCCUACCUGGCCAUCCACUUCACGCCGCUCCACGCCCUCCUCUCGGUAUCCGGCAACAGCUGGGUGCUGAACAGGAAGGUCCCCGGGGCGAACGAGUUCAGAGAGCACACGCAGACGCUGGACAAGUGGUGCCAGUCCGAGAGCGCAGCCGUGGCUGUGUCGUGGGCUGCGCGGGCCCUGCUGGUCUUCCUUCGCAUCAGAGCCAAGACGAGGAGGACCAGCGAGGCGGGGUCCUCGUCGUCGGACGUGGACAGCACCACCCUGCCACGGGGUAGCAGGGCACGCUGGAGGGACGUCUCGGACUACUGGGGUGUGUACGUGUGCGCGCUCAUCUGCUGGGCGUUUGGGCGGGAGGCGGGCGAUCAGCAGCGGGCGUACGACGGGGAGAGCACAGCCGCGCACAACGAGGCAUCGCGGAGCGAGGCGGCGCGGUGGAUACUGGAGGCAGCGCAGCGGCGGCCGGAGCAGUUGCUCAAGUGGCGGAAGAGGAGGUGUGUCCGCGGGGUGGUCUGCCUGGCUCGCGAUAUCCUGAGCCCAGACUGUCUCGCGAACCGGAGCAUGCUGUAUUGCGAUGCAGUGAGUGUGCUGAAGAGGCUCGGGGAGCCUUCAGCAUAG